AUGGAUCUCAUUAGUUCACAAGAGAACGAAGGAGAUCCCGAAAUGGAAUCCAUUGCUCUUUCAAGUCCACCAAUUCAGGAACUUGCUGCUAAUGGAUUAAACAAUGACUGCAAAGGAAAUAAACUUCAACAACAAAACAAGAUCAACGUGAAAUUGACAAAUAUUUUAGUUUCUAUAAAAGAGAAAUUCACUGCAAUCACAAAGCUUAUUGAGGAUCAGUGGCUAAAACGUUAUGGCUUGGCCAGCGAUUUGGACAGAACAAGGGCUUACCAAGUUUGGGCAGGGAACAAUGUGUUUUUCUUCCAUGGGAGGCUUGUAUGUGGCCCAGAUCCUAAAGGGUUACUCCUGACGACUGUUUCAAUAGUUCUCUCUUGUUGGAUCUUUGCCAUGUACAUUGGAAAUGAAGAUGGUUUACCACUUCAUUCUAGUCUCAUACUGACCCUUUCCUUGGUUCUAACAAUAAUUGUCCUUGUGAACUUGUUCCUGGUAAGUGCUACUGAUCCAGGAAUUAUUCCCAGAGAUUAUCAAACACCUUUGGAGGAAAUGGGUGCGAGUCAUGGAGGAAGCAGAAGGAGAAAGGCGAUGAUCAAUGGGGUGGAAGUGAAACUAAAAUACUGCCGCGUUUGUAAGAUUUACAGGCCUCCAAGAAGCUGCCACUGUGCCAUCUGCAACAACUGUGUUGAGAAAUUUGACCACCACUGCCCCUGGAUUGGCCAUUGUAUUGCACUGCGAAACUAUAGAUUCUUCCUGACGUUUGUGAUCUCAGCCUUGAGUUACUUUGUCUACAUAUUUUUACUCUCUUUCUGGAGAAUCCAGAAGAGAUUGUCGCAGAUUGGCACUGGAUUGCUUGGGAUGCUGCUCAAUUAUCCUGAAACACUGGCAUUGCUUCUGUUCAGUUUUGCUGCUAUCUGGUUCUUAGGUGGACUUGCCAUCUUCCAUGCUUACUUGGUUGCGGUAAAUCAGACAACAUGUGAAAAUACUCGACAAUGCUACGUGAGGUCUCGAAAUCCAUUUGAUAGGGGAAUUUUAUGUAAUAUAAAGGAGGCUUUAUUUUCAGAAUUGCAGCCUUCUAGGGUUGAUUUUCACGCAGAAAUAACACCAAAUGCUCAAAUGGAAGGGUGA